GUCAUUGUAGACCCCGCCUUCCUUGUCUGUCCCAAGGAAGAGAUGUGUAGCCUCCAGAUAUUGCAAAAUCAUGGCAACAUUCAUGGAACGACUGUCUUUCCUUCAAAAAGUAGGUGUUAUUUACCAAUAUAAAGACUUGCAAAUAACAUUUUGAUAUAAUGCGUAUAUGUGACUUUAUGGGGAAACCGUACAUUGUUUUGUAAAUCCCAUUACGCCCACUGUUAACUGUACCACGGCAACCUAGUUAGCUAACGUUAGCAUGCUAGCACAUCAUAUGAAUCACACUCCCAGGACAGAAAUAGUUUGUGACUUGUCAUGAUCAGACUUGUAUAAGACUUGAGCUCUAUAGUCAAUUGAUAUGAUUUCUUCCGACAGUGUAUUACACUGGACCCACCACCCUGUGCUGUUCGCUAUAAACCCAAACAUAAUAUGACACAAAUCCUAGCUAAAUUGACUAUUCUGGUGUUCAUCUGUUGGCCAAUCCAUGCAUGAUAUCUCUCCCUCUCAGGUUCCCACUCUGAUGAAAGCAACAGCACAUGACGAAAAGCCCUGUCCUGGCUACCUCUUUGAAGAAAUCGGAAGUAUCCUUUUAUACCCAUCACCUCCCACUGUAUGCUGAUACAGUACUGUGUUCUGAUAUUAAACAUCAUUUAGCGAGAUCCUAUUAUUUUCAAUGUCAACCCAAAGACUGUACAGUUUAAAUCCUUUACCCUCCUGGCACUGCAGAAAUCUCCCAGGAGUCCACUGGGUGUGGUCAGUGCCUGUUGGAGUACCUGUUGGAGCGGCUGCAGGUAGAAUCCUGCCAUGUCAAAAUAAAGGUGAGCUCAGCUAGCCAGGUUACCAGGCUUUCAGCUGCAUUAAGAAGCCCCCAAACACUGAAUUUGACCUUGGUUUGUUAACUGAGACUGAAGAGGAAUCAUGUAGAAGAAUGCAGUUAAUCUUCGCCAUAUAUCAUAUCAGCUAUUCAUCUGUCCCUCUUCCCUUUCCAUCGUUUCUGUCCUUCCAGGUUCUGAAGAUCUUCGUCCAUCUCUGUGGCCACGGAUCGCCUCACUUUCUAACGGAACUCAGACGGAACUCCACCUUCAUCCAGCAGGCCUCAGGUGAGAUGACGAUGUGACCACUAACGCAUCGCACUGUCUCCAUUUCCUCCUUCUCUUUAUGACAGUAGGGUUUCGGAGAGACCUAUGAGUGUUAUACUGAAUCUCUGUGUUAUGCUGAAUAUCAGUUUACAGUGGUCCUCUUGACCCCAUCCAUGGCACUGCUAUGUACCAGAAAGUGAGGGCCACAGCACAGGUGAGUCUAAACAAUGUCUAAAACAAUUACUAUCCCUCCAUGCAUCUUUUUGAAACUCACAAACUCUCUAUCUUUAUCUGUCUUCAGGAGUUGGCCAGGUUACUCUUCACAGAGACAGUCUCUCCCCAGAGCAGCACAUCUCCAUGCAAACUGGCCAUGGCCAACAUGGGUGAGUACAUUGUAUUGUUAUUGCAUGUUCUGCAUGUCUACCUCCCUUAUUAGUUAACACACUAUCUCUGCCCUAAUACUGCUACUAAUGACAGACAUCGGGCUUCUGAAUGGAUGGAUGUGACCUCAAUUACAAUCAACUUAACCCAAUCCUCCUGACAGAGUAUUGGGGAAGAGAAAGGGAGGGAGGGAGGAGGAGAAGCAGGGAGGAGUGAGGAAGAGACAGGGGGAAAAGAGGGAGUGGAUGGGAAGAGAGAAGCAGGGAGGAGUGAGGGAGAGGAAGAGACGGGGGAAAAGAGGGAGUGGAUGGGAAGAGAGAAGCAGGGAGGAGUGAGGGAGAGGAAGAGACAGGGGAAAAGAGGGAGUGGAUGGGAAGAGAGAAGCAGGGAGGAGUGAGGGAGAGGAAGAGACGGGGGAAAAGAGGGAGUGGAUGGGAAGAGAGAAGCAGGGAGGAGUGAGGGAGGGGAAGAGACAGGUGGGAAAAGCACGCAGACAAGUACAAUGGUUGUCUUUUAUCGCUGAGGUCUUUCCUUCCAGGCAUGGGGUCGGAGUCUGCCCACGGGUCCAGAAUGCAGGGGUUUGGCUACAGCCCAGGGAAGAACAUAACAAGUAGGUGACAGCAACAAGGCCACCAUUUUGGUUUCAUGUGGCUCAGUGGACCUGUUAGAAUACAUUUCAAAUGCACCCAGUCAAAUCCAGUCUAAUUCACUUCGUUCCAGCGGUGGUGAGACCCUGAUGGACAGAUCAGCAAGCUAAUGAGUUUGUUGGCCAGUGCAGUGCCUGCCCCGAUGGAGCACCCGGGUUCCGUCAACCACUACCGGGCAGUGGUGGCGCCUUCGGGCCCUGUAGAGGUGGCAGUGCCAGCAUGUGCCUACACUGUGCCUCCUCACAGACCCAAAGGUAUUUUUAAAUCAGCUGUUAUGUUGAUUAGAUCAUUAGGCUUUUAUUAUAUAGUUGUUACAUAUGUUAAUGAGAGGACUGAAAGCCUUCUUAACCUCUCUCGCUCUCUCUCAGUUUCCCAGCGGUGUCCAGGGCAGGUGGGCGGGGGCUGGGAGGAGAUUGACAGCGGCCAUAGCUCCUCCCACAACUCCUGUCAGGAGAACGCAGACCAUAGCCAGGUCUUGGGGGACAGAAGCAGCAAUUCGGGUGGCACCGGGAGCCAAUCGGGAGCCAGUAGGGAGAGCUCCGGAGACCUAUCAGAACGGUAGAAAUAUUACAUGAUAUAAGAAGUCUUUACCAGCAAAAUAUUAAAGGAGUCAACCAUGCUGAGUCUCCCUCUCUCUCCCUCCAUCCACCUUUCUCUGUGUCAGGGUGGAAGCUAUGCAGUUAGGGGACUGUGGCCAGGAGAUGGCGCUGAUCAGCAGGAUGACUGAGGGCUCCAAGGUCUUCCUGUCCAGAGAGGAGAACCAGCACUUCAUCAAGGAGUCAGUACAGACCAAUAGGUUGCAUGUUAUUAGAGCAUUGGCUUCGACCUUUGUUCCCACCUGCCUUCACCUUGAUUUUUGUCCAGUGUUUUUUUAAUGUUUUAAUUCCCUCCACUCUGUCCCCAGGUGUUCCACUCUGAACUGUGAGGUGGUGGUGGAGCUGCUCUCUCGCAGACUGCAGGACCCGUCACAGACUGUCCAGAUGGUACAGUCAAUAAACAUGUGUCUUGAAUGUGCUGCUAUUUUGACCAGGUUUCUCUUGAAAAAUAAAUAUCAAAUCUCAAAUAUGUUUGAAUGUGCUGCUUCCCUCCGUCCCCCCAGAGGGCGCUGUGUGCUGUGGCCUGUCUCAUGACCUCUGAUCUGCUGUCUCUGGAGCAAAUCUUCGGGGUGACCCAGAGGAGGCUGGCCCAGCUGAGUGAGGGACCCCCAGGGCCCUGUAACCAAUAAGACCACCAAGGUAACACAUCAUCUAGUUAUUACCUUUAAAGCUGCAAUAUGUAACUUUUUGGGCUACCAAACAAAAUUCACAUAGAAAUAUUCAAUUCCCAUUGAAAGCAAGUCUAAGAAGCGGUAGAUAUGUUCUAUGUGUGUUAUUUUUAUGCUUUCCGUUCUUAACUUUUGUUUUUGCAUCUUUUACUUUCAGUUUGUACACCAGCUUCAAACAGCUGAACAAUAUUUUUGGUUUUUAAAAUAUACAUGCUCAUAAUACAUCUAAUUCCAAAGUCAUGGGCAUUAAUAUGGAGUUGGUCCCCCCUUUGUUGCUAUAACAGCCUCCACUCUUCUGGGAAGGCUUUCCACUAGAUGUUGGAACAUUGCUGUGGGGACUUGCUUCCAUUCAGCCACGAGCAUUAGUGAGGUCGGGCACUGAUGUUGGGCGAUUAGGACUGGCUUACAGUUGGCGUUCCAAUUCAUCCCAAAGGUGUUUGAUGGAGUUGAGGUCAAGGCUUUGUGCAGGCAGGUCAAGUUUUUCCACACCGAUCUCGACAAACCAUUUCUGUAUGGACCUCACUUUGUGCACGGGGCAUAGUCAUGCUGAAACAGGAAAAGACCUUCCCCAAACUGUUGCCACAAAGUUGGAAGCACAGAAUCGUCUAGAAUGUAAUUGUGUGCUGUAGCUUUAAGGUUUCCCUUAACUGGAACUAAGGGGCCUGAACCAUGAAAAACAGCCCCAAGACCAUUAUUCCUUCUCCACCAAACUUUACAGUUGGCACUAUGCAUUCGGGCAGGUAGCGUUCUCCUGGCAUCCGCCAAACCCAGAUUCGUCCAUCGGACUGCCAGAUGGUGAAGCGUGAUUCAUCACUCCGGAGAACGCGUUUCCACUGCUCCAGAGUCCAAUGGCGGCGAGCUUUACACCACUCCAGCUGACGCUUGGCAUUGUGCAUGGUGGUCUUAGGCUUGUGUGCGGCUGCUCGGCCAGGGAAACCCAUUUCAUGAAGCUCCCGACGAACAGUUCUUGUGCUGAUGUUGCUUCCAGAGGCAGUUUGGAACUCAGUAGUGAGUGUUGCAACCAAGGACAGACGAUUUUUACACGCUACGCACUUCAGCACUCAGCAGUCCCGUUCUGUGAGCUUGUGUGGCCUAUCACUUUGCAGCUGAGCCGUUGUUGCUCCUAGACAUUUCCACUUCACAAUAACAGCACUUACAGUUGACCGGGGCAGCUCUAACAGGGCAGAAAUUUGACAAACUGACUUGUUGGAAAGGUGGCAUCCUAUGACGGUGCCACGUUGAAAGUCACUGAGCUCUUCAAUAAGGCCAUUCUACUGCUAAUGUUUGUCUAUGGCGAUUGCAUGGCUGUGUGCUUGAUUUUAUACCUGUCAGCAAGGGGUGUGGCUGAAAUAGCAGAAUCCACUAACUUGAAGGGGUGUCCACAUUCUUUUAGUGUAUUUCACAGCGAUUUAGAUGGUACAAUGAUUCUCUUGCUUGUUUGUCACAUAAACUGAAAUUAUUAGAAUUAGAAUUUUAGCUACCAGGGAAUGGCAGAGCGAUUUCUGCAUAUUGAACCUUUAAUAAUAAGGUAACACCAGAGAGGCAGAGUGGGAUGAGCCUGGGUGUUGCAAUCUAAGAUGAUUAUCUACGAUGGUUGACUCUUGGCACAUACAGUAUGUAGUUUUGCAUUGUAAAAAAUGAUGGUUUUGUCUUCCAGAUCCUUCGUCAGUUUGAGGCUCUGAUGGGCGGGCCAAUCACUGGUGCCGGUCGUGAUGCAGCAGCAGCCAAUGGUGUUCCUCCCUCCUCCUCGGACCAGCCCCCCACUCCCAAAAGUCCCGCACUUCUACUGCCAACACGCCCAGGUGACAUCACUGUCUUUAACCAUCACAGAGGGAGAGACCCUGAGACUGAGCACUCACCACAACCCCCUCCCCUGCCUGACCUGGGCUGGGCCCAAAGGGGUACACCUGAGAGGUUACUAAAUCUCGACCUUGAUGAUGAGGAGAGAGGGUCUGCUAGUCAGGAUGAAGAGUUUGUGGACAGUCAGACUGGGUUCAGGACUGGUGAGACCCAGCUCACCUCAGAUGUUACAGUUAAAGACCCAGAGCUCCAGACAGAGAGGGACCCCAUCCGAGUCACGGACCCCCAGAUCGAGCAGCCCUGUGGGGGUAGACUCUCUUUGUUCAGUGGCAUGGAGCUGGUGACCAGAGGGAGGUCUGUGUGUCCAUCAACCCUUACAGAGAGGAACGGAGACCUGCAGCCUCAGGCGGAAAAGAGAGACAGGAGGGAGCGUCUGAUCCUUGAAACGGAGAGCGUUACCCCUACAAACACACCGCUACUCUGUCUCGAUGACAUCAGCGAUACAACGCCUACAUACGACCUCACGCCCACCAGCAGCCAAUCAGCCUCAGCCUUCUCUUUCCUUAA